AUAUGGUGCUCUUGGGGUCCAAUAAAGAUUGAAGUAUGAGAAAAAUAUUCCCUCAUCACCUGCUGUUAAAAGUGGUUGCUGUGGCAACCCAGAAGUAAUCAAAAAUAAACAUUUCGCGUGUUGCCGAAGAAUAGCCUGGAGGAGGGAGGGGGUCUGGCUGCUCGGGCUGGAAUGGUUUUUUGGACAGGGGAGACAUUUGUUCAUGGCUUAUGAAAACAAGGAAUGCCGGCUCGUGUUGGAACAGUGCUUUACUUUAGCAGUCAAAUUAGAUAAGGUUUGUACUUUUUUUAUUCUGGUUUGCAGAGUUUUCUUGCCACAAGGUCAUGGCAGGUCAAAACCAAGGAUGCUUCAAAUUCUGGAUGUGGAGUGACACAUCUGGACAUAGGCUACAAUACAAGAUUUUAAAAAAUCUUUAAAACAUCUCCAUGCACUUGUGGUGUAUUACAUAUAUAUAUAUAUAAAAAAGGGAAUUCCUGUGUCCAAGGAUGACAUCAUACCAUGGUUGGGCAAUUUUGUUCUUUUUUCUAUCACAUCACAAGCAUCCGUUUCUCUUUGAGAAAUAGAACUUUUCAUAAAACAUCCUUGAGGCUGCUGUUAAGAGUUUAGUCUACUCUCAACUGGUCUCUAUACAAAAGGAAAUGACAAGGUCAGCACUGGGUCAGUGGUCAUCUGUUUGGACAGCAACACUGGAGGUUUUAGACAAACAGAACCCACCACGGAAAAAUCAGAAUAGAGGGGAAACUUUGAAUUGUAUUUUGUGCAUCUAAUUAAAUCCUUAAUCCUAAUAUUUCUUAUUCUGUGAGUUUACAGAGAAGAGAGCAACAUAAGACACCGCGCUACCCUGGUUUUGAGGGAGGAAUCGGCUGGGCCGCCUCUCAUGCUGUCAUAACUCAACAGCGCGAGGUGGGCAACUGACGGGACACCGCGCAGAAGUAGUCGUCAUCGCAGUCGAUUUUCCAGUCCCUGUAGCAAUAUCGUUACCAUAAGGAAAACAUCUGAGAAGUCUUGGAUUAAACCGAUUUUCUGCGGGAUAAAAACACUUCGAAAAAUAUUUGCAUUGUGGACCUACAACUCUUCGGGUUUUUUUCAGGCAACAUGGGGGCUAAACAGUACUUUGCAUUUUGGAUCUUAUUCUCUGUGUGGCAAAUGAAUUGUAUGUGUGAGCCACUGGACAAACAGGACAUGCAAGUGAUCGACCUGCUGGCACUUCAGGAUCUCAAGCAGACAGUGGCUGCGGUGGAGAAGGUGUCUGGAGCUAUGAAAACCCUCAGUGACAUCUACAUCGCCUCCACCCUCCGCCUGCCACCCAAAUUGGGUGGCGUGCUGCUGGGCUUCUACAACAAACAGGAUAACAAGAAGUUCUUGGAGAUUGCCGUCAUGGCCAAGAUCAACAAAGUCCUGGUGCGCUAUGUAAGGCCGGAUGGUAAGCAUCACACUGUCAACCUCCAGAAUGCUAACCUGGCAGAUGGAAGGACACACUCCAUUAUCUUAAGGGUUGGGGGCCUUCGGCGAGAACACCUGCACUUGGAACUCUAUGUGGACUGUCGAUUGGUUGACUCAGGCCAACGUCUUCCCCAGCUAGUGUCUCUGCCUUCUAAUCCAGAAGCAGUGGAUAUUCGUAAUGGCCACAAGGCCUAUGCAAGACUACAGGGUGCAGUGGAGUCUCUGAAAGUGGCACUAGGGGGCAGUGUGGCAACAGCGGGAGCUCUCACAGCCUGCCCCUUCCAAGGGGAUUCCUCAUCCUACAACACAGUAAACGGAGAGAUGGGCUCCAUACUUGGGGACCACACAAAAGCUCUGAUUGGGCAGCUGAUCAUUUUUAAUCAGAUCCUGGGAGAGCUCAGAGAAGACAUCAGGGAACAGGUGAAAGAAAUGUCUCUGAUCAGAAACACUAUUUUGGAGUGCCAAGUAUGUGGCUUCCAUGAACCCCGCUCGCGAUGCUCCCCAAACCCCUGCUUCAAAGGGGUGUCCUGCAUGGAGACCAUGGACUACCCAGGGUACCGCUGCGGGCCCUGCCCGGACGGCAUGAGAGGAAAUGGAACCUACUGCCAAGACAUUGAUGAGUGUUACCUGGCUCAGCCCUGUUACUCUAAUGGUGCGUGUGUGAACACAGCAAAAGGCUUCACUUGUGAACCCUGUCCCCCAGGACUGUGGGGGCCACCAGUUAUGGGAGUCGGCGUGGAGUUUGCCAAGACUCAAAGACAGGAAUGUGUGGAUAUUGAUGAGUGUGUUGAAAUCAGCAACGCCUGCACCCCCAACUCUAUUUGCACAAAUACCUUUGGCUCAUACAUGUGUGGAGGCUGUAAAGUUGGAUACAUGGGUAACCAGACAGCAGGCUGCCACCCACGGAAGUCCUGUGCCUCCCUCAGUUUCAACCCUUGUGACACCAAUGCCCACUGUGUCAUCGAGAGGAAUGGAGUGGUGUCCUGCGCGUGUAAUGUGGGCUGGGCUGGUAAUGGUAAUACCUGUGGAAAGGACACUGACAUUGAUGGGUACCCUGACCGCGCUCUGCCCUGCAUGGACAAUGACAAGCACUGUAAGCAGGACAACUGUGUAUUCACCCCGAACUCAGGCCAGGAGGACGCAGACAAUGACGGGAUUGGGGAUCAAUGUGAUGAGGAUGCGGAUGGAGACGGAAUCAAGAAUGUGGAGGAUAACUGUCGGCUGGUGGCCAACAAAGACCAACAAAACUCAGACACAGAUUCUUUCGGUGAUGCUUGUGACAACUGUCCCAACGUCCCCAACAGUGAUCAGAAGGACACCGAUGGCAAUGGAGAAGGGGAUGCAUGUGACAAUGACAUUGAUGGAGAUGGCAUCCCUAAUGUACUCGACAACUGUCCAAAAGUGCCCAAUCCCAUGCAGACAGAUCGAGAUAGGGAUGGUGUUGGAGAUGCUUGUGAUAGCUGUCCUGAAGUCAGUAAUCCCAUGCAGACUGACAUUGACAAUGACCUGGUGGGAGAUGUAUGUGACACCAAUCAGGACAGCGAUGGAGAUGGCCACCAGGACUCCCGGGACAACUGCCCAGACAUCCCAAACAGCUCUCAGUUAGACUCUGACAAUGACGGUCUUGGAGAUGACUGUGAUGAUGAUGACGAUAACGAUGGCAUUCCUGAUGAGAGUCAUUAUGGCGGAGAUAACUGUCGUCUGAUACCUAACCCCAACCAGAAAGAUUCUGAUGGAAAUGGUGUUGGUGAUGUAUGUGAAAAUGACUUUGACAAUGACUCUGUGUUGGAUCUGGUGGACGUUUGCCCAGAAAGUGCUGAGGUCACCCUGACAGACUUCAGAGCUUAUCAGACAGUCAUUUUAGACCCAGAGGGUGAUGCUCAAAUUGACCCCAACUGGGUUGUGCUUAACCAGGGUAUGGAGAUUGUCCAGACAAUGAAUAGUGACCCAGGAUUGGCUGUGGGGUACACGGCUUUCAACGGGGUGGAUUUUGAAGGCACAUUCCAUGUCAACACAGUGACUGAUGAUGACUACGCAGGCUUCAUCUUUGGAUAUCAGGAUUCAUCUAGCUUCUAUGUGGUGAUGUGGAAACAGACGGAACAGACUUACUGGCAGUCAGUUCCGUUCAGGGCCAAGGCGGAGCCUGGACUGCAGCUGAAAGCGGUGAAGUCUCACACCGGUCCUGGUGAGUACCUGAGAAAUGCUUUGUGGCACGCAGGUGACACUGAAGGGGAAGUGAAGCUGUUGUGGCAGGACCCACGCAACGUGGGGUGGAGUGACAAGACCUCCUACCGCUGGCACCUCAGUCACAGACCCCAGGUGGGCUACAUCAGAGUGAGACUCUAUGAGGGGACUGAGAUGGUGGCCGAUUCAAAUGUGGUGGUUGAUACUACUAUGCGGGGUGGUAGACUGGGUGUCUUCUGCUUCUCCCAAGAGAACAUAAUUUGGUCGAACCUACGUUAUCGCUGUAAUGACACUAUUCCAGAAGACUUCAACCGCCACCGUGAAAGCACUAUGGUGCACAUACAUGUGUGAGCAUAGGGAUGAUGAUGAUGGUUUGCCAGCGUGUGAGUGAGUGAGGGGAGUUAAGAUGGCCACUGUGCCCAGCACUGACACCAGCACACAUGGCCUGCACAGCAUCAACAGUGCAAGUGCGAGGGCAUUGCUUUCUUUAAGAGGGGGUGGACUUUCAAAGAUCGGCCACUACCAACAGACUCCAUCACACUGGACUGAAAAACACAACAAAACGGCAUCAUCAUAGGGCGAUGGUGAGAAAAAAUAAAGAAAAAAAUAUAGAACAGCGAUGGAUCAACAUCACCAUGAAGAUGAGGUUAUUGUGCCAAGGUGGAAAUGUCACUAUCCUUGCUCAGUGGAUGAUGAUCAUGAUUACUAGUCCGUAACAUUUUUGGGGAGUUUUAUGUACAGGCUUUACAAGAAUAAAGGGAUUACUGGUGGGUA